AUGCUGGUGUUCCAAUGCCGUUCCAUGACUCCUGAAUUGAUCCAACCAAGGUAUCUCGAAGUCGCAAAGAACCUCCUCUUUGCUGGAUUAAUCUUUAAUGCUGCACUCUUGGUUGGUUCAGGUUGGCAUAUAGUUCGUGAGGCGAUUUCAGGCACGGCGUUGCUACCAAGCUAUCGAAUUGGUAAUUGCCUUUACCAGUUGGAUGCCAUUGCUUCCAUAUGCAUUGGAAUAGCUUGGCUAACGUUCCCGAAAUGGCUCCUGCAUAGGCAGGUUGUGAUUCCGUUGGACGAGUCACAUGAACUGUGUGGACGAAUCAUGGGAGCACUUUUCGUCACAUCGUACGCUGUGUCGGCCCACGCACUUCACUGGACUGACUGGAACGAUCGGAUAGUGGCAAUUGACGCACGAGUUUUCGUCUGUAUGAGCAUACUUACUGCUCAAGUCUGGUCACAAUUUGCUUACCUCGAUUCGUGGUCUGGCGGACAUUGGGUCGGUAUUACCUUGUUCUCUACCUGGACUGUGAUCUCCAUUAUCUACCGCAUCUCCCUUUAUUGUACUAUCAAGACGAAAACUCUGUGA